GCAGACACAACGAAAAUGAACAGGGAGCAAUUAGAAGUUUACGCUCACAAAAUACUUGAAGAGAUGGAGCGAGAGCGAGAAGAAAGAAAUUUCUUCCAACUCGAACGAGAUAAGAUCAGAACGUAUUGGGAAAUUACGAGGCAUCAAUUGGAUGAAGCUCAAGCAACUGUCAGAAAUAAGGAACGUGAGAAAGAAGAAUUAUCGGAGAAACAUGACGCAGAGCUCAAAUUGUAUAAACAGAAAGUGAAGCACUUGAUGUACGAGCAUCAAAAUGAUUUGUCUGAAACUAAAGCUGAGCACAUGGUUGCUCUUAAACUGGCUCAAGAUGAUCAUAGUCUUCAAGAAAACGAGCUAAUUAAGGACAAGAGGGAAUUGAAACGAUUACAAAAGGAACAGGAGUUAGCACAUGUUAAUGAGAUAAAAGCAAUGAAAUUGCAACACGCGGAAGAAAUGGACAAGUUGAUAAAACAAUUUGAAAUCGAAGCUGCAGAAUUAGAACAGAAGUACGAACAGAAGUUGACCAGCCAGUAUGAAUCUCUAACUUUGAAACAUCGUAUGGAGAUAACUGAAGUAGAGGAGAGAAAAAAUACGCAAAUCGCGAACUUGAUUAAAAACCACGAAACAGCAUUCGCGGAAAUGAAAACUUAUUACAAUGAUAUUACCUUAAACAACUUGUCACUGAUAAAGAGUAUGAAGGAUCAAAUGGACGAGAUGCGAAGUAAUGAGGAACGCAUAAAAAAGCAAGUACGGGAGUUGAUGAUCGAAAAUAAAAAAUAUGCUACUGAUGUAAAGGCGCACGAGGAAUCUUUGGCGAAUUACACUCGCCAGUUAGCAAAUUACGAAAAAGAUAAACAAAGUUUAAUCAACACCAAGAAAAGAUUGUCAAUGGCGGCGAAAGAUUACGAGAAUUUAAAAUGGGAGAACGAAGUACUAGAACUGCGUUUCGAAAAAUGCCAAUCCGAGAGGGAUGAAUUGCAUUCAAGAUUCGUCUCGGCGAUACUUGAAUUGCAGCAAAAGACUGGCUUGAAAAAUGUUCUGUUGGAAAAGAAACUCGAGAAGUUAUCGGAUUUGUUGGAACAACGUGAAGCGCAAAUUAGCGAAGUUCUUGCCGCAGCACAAUUAGAUCCUACGACUGUUGUUACGGCGAACAAGAAACUAGAGAACAUGCUGAAUAGAAAGAACAGCGCGAUACAAGAUUUGCAAUACGAAUUGGCGAAAGUUUGCAAAGCGCACGAUGAUCUACUUCGAACGUACGAAGCUAAACUGCAAGAAUACGGGAUUCCAAAAACUGAACUUGGUUUCCAACCGCUAAGAUCUAAGAUUAUAACUACGAAAUUUGGAUUUGGACCUGCGGGUCUUGUAACUACGAACCCUUAG